AUGGACGGCGCAAAGGCUCGACCUAGGGUUAGGCUAGAGGUUGUUCUCGGCGUUGGCGUUCUCGCGCUUCACGUUCUUGCUGGCUCCGACCAGAGUAUUGAGGUUAUAAAGGUUGUUCUCGGCGCCGAUACCCGUAGGAGACUUUCUUGUUGUCAGAUCUUCACCGCAACUCUCUACACAUUGGAAAAGUUGCCUGCAGCACUUGCUGAGCUGAAAUAUGAUCUGAGUGCGUUGCCGGCCUUCCCUAAUAAAUACUUAUCUACAGGCUACUCAGCGCUCACCGGCUCACCUCUGUCCUGUCCAGUACUGAGAAUUUCGCGAGAUCAAGCUUCGAACAAGUACCUCCACGGAUCUAUCUUCUCGCCAGAUAUUGUUCAACUCGAGAUGUGGCUUUAUAAAAGUGAAAAGUAUAAUGAACUGACGGACGAUGACCAUGAAGUAAAGAUUUUUAAUGAAGAUGACUCCGCCAACUCGACAUCGGACUUCCUUUCGAGAGCAUACCGAGCCAGGAUCCAAGAUGAAAAGCUUCCGUGUCGAUUCUGGCGAUACAUAAUCAUACUCUCGCUGAUCAAUGUGUUCCUUCUACUCACGUCUUGCACACUUGUGCUACACUGCUAUCUCCACGCCCUUCACGGUCGCAAUGCCCUCCUCAAAGCAACAUCUUUCUACUCUCCGAUCCUCGACAGAGUGGAAAUCCAAACCUCCGUUAAGAAGAUGAAUGCGACGCUCUUCCCUGGACCCAAUCCCAGCUUUGCACGCCAGUUUCCCAACCCCGAAGCUGACGCGUGGUGGGAAAGCAUGGAAAUAGUACGCACAAUACCAAUCACUAAAGAGGACGUGAUAAAGCUUGGGAAAGACCCCAAGACUGUUGCCAAGUUUGAAGAUGGCCAUUGGGGCUUAGGGGAUGAUGCUUAUAUGGCGGAACUGGACAUCUUCCACCAGCUACAUUGCCUUAAUUCGCUACGGAAAUUGAUAUAUCCGGACUACUACAUGUACAACGCUUCAAACACUCGUCAUCCAGAUCUUUGGUAUGUACAUCUAAACCACUGCGUCGAUGUGCUCGCGCAGAACUUGAUGUGCACGGGAAGCACGGAUCUCCUGACGGUCAAUUGGAUGGAGACACAGAGUUUUCCUUUUCCAGACUUCAACAUCAAUCACCAAUGCCGAGACUUCGAUGCGCUAGUUGAGUGGAAGGAGGAGAAUGGUGUGGAUCUUGAGAGAUGGGCGGCUAUGAAGAGACCGGACGGAGUCAGGCAGGUGAAACCAAGUGAAGGUAUCAAGGAAAUGCUGAGGCAUGAGCAUGAAAUGAAAAAUAGUAAGACGGACAGGGAGCGAUUGUAA